UUCCAAAAAGCUCGUGACGCUGUGUGAAAUGUAAAUGAAAUCCAGAGGACACAACAUCCAUGAUUUCAGAAAUGUAGACUCAUCAGAUCAGUCAGUCCAUCUAAAAGGAGCACAGGUCCAGAGAAGUGGAUGUUGUUAAAGUGUGGCUUUCUCUUCACAUUGUAGAACCUGCACUUGCAUUUGUUUACCCACAAUGGUUUAACAAAGUGUUUUUCUAGAGCCGUACAAUCAUUGUUAAUGCAGCGUUAGAUUGGUUCUUUCUUGUUCAUUGAUGAUAUUACAGUCCGUAGAUGGUAAAAUCCCUAGAUUCCUUGACAUUGUAUAUUGAGAAACAUUGUUCCAAAACAUAGUGGACAGAUUUUGGAAGUAGUGGACCUCACCUCAUUUUUGCUUGUGGACGACUUAGCCUUGUGAGAAUGCCCCUCCAUCCCUGUCAUGAUACCAUCACCCAUUAGAAAUGAACCUGUUUACCAGUGAACCUGCUACUAGGUGUUUCUUGAGCAUUACACACAACUUUCAAAGUGUUCUUUUUUAAUCAGUUAAUCUGUAUCAGUUUCAUCUGUCUGAAUGGUCUGUUUUAUGUCAGUCGAAAAGAAUUUGAAAAUCAUUGCAUUCUGUUUUUAUUUACGCUGUACACAGCAUCUGGCGUUUUUUGGAAUUGGGGUUGUAUGUUGUAAAUGUUAAAGGUGGUUCACAUGCUGUGAUGAAGCCCACGAGGCUGAAUCAGAGAUCGUUUAGAUGGAGCAGAUAUACUAACUCCAACAGCAGAUACCGCUUAGUUAUUUUAAGCCACUUGUCACAGUGUGUAAGAAUCGAUUUAAAGAGCUGAGGGACUCUCAAAGCGUCACAAGCUGCUGCUUUGUUUUAGGUGCGUUGUGCUGUAGGUGAGGCCAGGUGCCGCCCUCCUCCCUCGACUCUCACGUCAGAUCGUACAUCUCCCGCUUGACUUCCUCAGACACGAGGAGAAAAAAAAUAAAUAAAUGAAGCUCCCGAGGGUGAAAGUGAAAGUGAGAGAAACAGGUUGCCUUCUCUCCAAGGUCAACCAGCUGCCACAGUCAAUGAGCCUCUUCAGUCUAUGAGUCAACAAAGCACAGAAUCAUUUCCAAGCAUGAAUGUGUCAUAUAUAAUACAGCCCUCCAACCCCAUCACGCACCCAACAAAAACACACAGUCACAUGUAAUAACCGCCGUGAGCUUAAUGGGAGGCUCUUGACUGAGUCAUACAAGAUGUCCUCAAAAACCUGUUUACUUCUUCUGAUCUCUGCCAGAUAUUGUUCUCUUCUUCUCUUGUCUUUGCAUGUGUGAGCGGUCCCUGAACAUCCUUUGGUGUUGUCUGCAUGUGUUUACCCCUGCGGACAAACCUGCAACUUCAUCAAGGGUGCUAUGGAAAGGACAGUGUGUCAUGAGGGACCAGGCAGCACGGUGCCGCAUUGUCUUAGAGGCUGGAUGAGUCACGGAAGACAAAUCAGGUUUGGUGGCAUUUGAGAUGGCUUGUCGGCCAUUGCAUUAGGACAGCAGUGCUAAAUCAACUGUGCAAUCAUAACGUGCUCCUAUCAUGCCUGUUUUAGCAGGUCAAAGAAGAAAUUCAUUAAAUCAUAAUGUAAUCUGAUUACCUGAGAGACUUGACAAUUACAUGGUAUGAUUGUAAUUUCUUUUUUUUCUGAAGAAAAAUAGCUUACCUCUGCUGUCAACCCUCCUCACAAAGUUUCAAUUCUCAAAACAUCAAACCAUAUUUUUAGCACCUAGUACACAAUGUGAGUGCAUCAUCGCUCUGACUAUCUCAAGUAAUUUCUAUAUGACUCACCAAAGAAAUUCAAAAGCUCACACAUCAUCAGAAGAGCAGACGGCAAAUUUUCAUCUGCUUUAGUCAUGGCUGAAUUACUUUUCAUCUAUAUCGUCUUUUUUUUUUUUUCUUGUGAGUCCAUGCCUCAAUUAUUUGUUCCUUUGACAAAGACUUCAAUUCUAAAAAUGAAGUUCUCGACAUUGUAUAGAUUUAAACUGAAAAUGUGGUCAAAAAUAUGUGAGACAAACCCCCUACCACCACCACCACCACCCCUACCCCUCCCACCAGAUUCAGGUUCAUUCAGGUUUUACCACAUCUCAAAAUAAUGCUUCUCAGUCGGGCACAGUGUUCUCUGUGUGGCUGCCCUUCUCCCUUUUUUUUUUUUCAGCCUGUGCUGAUAAAAGCAAAAUUACACAAGAUUGCUCGCAUACAAUUGAGGCAGCUAUAAAUGCAUUCAUUUUGUUUUUGACUUUCAGCGCCCAUCUCCUACGUUUGUCCCGUAUGCGAAUAUCAAGUGAAUGCAGGUGAUGGACUCUGAGCUUAAUCCAUUUUUCCUCCCCGCUCCCCCUUUUCUCUCUGUUUCCACGUCUGUCUCUCUUUGUGUCUCGCUCGCUCCCUCUGACCACCCUCACACACACACACACUGCCAACGUGAGAUAGCCACGUCUGUGUGUCCAUUGCAGUGUGUCAUGUGUGAUAAUAUGUGACGUAUGCAUCACAUGCCGGUGGUUUUUCAGGUUUCCACUAGAAGAUACUUAUUAUUGUUAUCAUCUUUAGGCAUCAUCAUUAUCAGCUGGAGCAGACGUGAUGGGUCCCUCUGCGUCAUUGUUCCCUCCAAAACCCCCUAAAGCCCUCGCCAUCAAAUCUACCCACAACAUAACCAACAAAGGAGGGAGAGAACACGUCGAAAAUCACUCUGGCACUCUUUCAACGUCCCUCCCCUCAUCCAUCCUCUCAUCCACGGCCUGCAAACCCACCCCCCCUCCCUGUAUACCCUCUGCACUGUGUCUGCCUUUUUUUUUUUUUUGCCUCUCUAUCAAAUGUUCACUUCUUUUGUCUCAUCCACUCUUUCUUGUUCCAUCGUACUCCAUCUUUCUAUGUGACACGCUCUGCCCCUGUCCGCUCUCUCUGGCCGCCAUUAUCUAAAUCACCCAUCUCCUCAUCUUUCCCUCAAUUCCCCUCUCUCAUAGUCAGGAAAAAAAAUCACAACCUAUACACACACAGAUAAAUGCACACAACACACACACACACAGUGACACUGUGCGUGCAAAUACUCUCACCCCUCCUAAAACCCUUUUCCAUGCAUCCCCCUCCUCACCACCACCUUCUACUCUCUCCAAACCCUUACCCCCCCCCCCCCAACCUAAUCCUAAUCACACCACCAGCCACCGUCAUCAGCCCUUAUCUCACUCCACCAAAUCUGCUGUGAAUCAAAACAAUUUCCUCUCAUUUGCGAUUUUACUGCCCGCCCCCGCCUCCCACACCUCCAUCAAACCCUCCUACCCCCUCCAAUAAACCCUCUCUACUUCCUCAAAACCCCAUCGCUACCCAUCAGGCACAAACCCCACCCAAACACAAAUGCACGCAAACACUAACGCAUAUACAAAUGCACUCACGUACACACACUCUUGAGCGGCCGCCAUUAUGAAUGACGGCUCAUCAUGUGUAAGCAGUGACUCGCCACUGUCAUCCAGUGGAGCCCGAGAAGAAGAACUGCAGUGUGACGUCACAGCGGACGCCGGCCCCGCUGGUUGGUGGAACAUAUUUACGUGUGUGUGUGAUUCUGUGCGUGUGGUUGGGAUGGGGGAGCCGGAGGAAUACAAUUUGGUGGGUGGGUGGACCUGGUGGGCCUUGCUGCAUCACUGAACCAGGAAAAUGAAUGAGAGCCUACACAAGGUGUCACCCCGUUCCUCUCCCGUUGGCCUCCGUUAAUUUCCCCUCUCUCUUUUCUGUUCUUGUCUUCUGCCGUUGGCACCCGAGGCAAAGAAAACAGUUGGAAUUGCAAAAAAAAAAGAACUGUUUGACAAUAUGUUCGACGUAUGUUGCAGGGUUUGCUUUAGUAUCUUUAAUGAUUUGAAUCAGCUAAAGAAGAAACAAAUGUUUGUAUCGUUUGAUUAAAUGAUUAGAGAUCGAUUCAAAGUUCAGUAAAACAGCCUGAUGUACCAGAAAUUUUGAGCGUUUGAUUUUCAGCUGGAGCAAAACAGCACCACCCAAUGGGAGGUUCUCAUAGCCACAAGCAGACCUCACCCCUUACUAUGGGGAGGAAGAAUAUAACAUACUAUAUGAUGAGGUGACAAGAAACAAUCAUGUGUGUUGUUUUAUGGUGACAGACACAGUGAGAAACAUGUCAGCUCUUCCUGUCGCUGUCAUUAAACGGUUUAAUAGCCGACAGCAAGAGUGUUUUUUUUUCCCUUUUCUUUUCUAGCAGAAAAUGUGUAGGUAGUUUUAAUUAUUGCCCAUGUUCAGCUGCUGAGUUGUGUAAAGUAGUGCUUCUUUCUUCUUAUACACUGGACUUUUAAAGCUGCUCUAAUCAAUGGGUCAGAUUACUAUGAAUAUAAUGUAAAUGUGGUCUCUCGUAGUUGUUUUGGUUUUAUGACAAAAUUGUGUCACAUCAAGAUUUUGAGUUGUACAUAUAACUAAAACAGAUUCAUUUGCAAUCUAUGCCAAAAAAGGGGGGGAAAUCCAUAGAUAUGACCAGUGACAGUAGAUAAUGUUCCAUUUCCUUGUACUGUUUAAGUCACCUUUCUCUGUGGUUUGAAGCAGUGGGAGACGACUUUCAUAACUAUAUUCUCUACAGUAAAAUCGUCUCUGUCCUAACUGCCACCUUCCAUCAAUGUUUCAUAGAGGGUUAAACAGGUUGAGCCCUGUUACUCAUACAAUGUGUUUAAUUAUAGACAUGUGCAUUCACACUUUGACCAAAAGCGUUUCAUUUCUUUGUGCUGUGUUGAAACAGUGAUGAUGUUCAGAGCAACUGAAAGAAAAACAACUGGCUUUAGUUUCAGUUUUUAAAGUUUCUGGAGGAAUGCUUGUGGGACUGUGGGAGAGAGUAGAGAAAUCUGACUUUUAGCAAUGCCCCAGCACUUUAUAUGCCCUCUCACAGACAGAGAGCAAGAUGGCAAGACAUUUAAUUGGUUAUUGAUUACUCCCAGCCUUCUUGUCUGUGUCUAAAGGGAAGUGUUCUGUACUGUACUAUCAUUCAGUUUUAGGAUUGAGUUCUGUUUUCUGCCAAAUCUCAUUUUAGUAUGGAAGAUUUAGCUACAAAAAAUACUUGUCGGGGAGUAAAUGGACAGCACGAAACAGACGAAUCACCUCCCGCUGCUCACAGUGUUGACUCAUGCUGCGGAUCCUGGCUGAAAAGCAUCAGCCUCUGGGUACCUGUGGACUACAAGAAUGAAACAGUUCAGGUUUUAAAACUGGCAGGACCUGUGUUUAUUUCACAGUUGAUGACUUUCCUGAUCGGUUUCGUCAGCAUGGUGUUCUGUGGUCACCUGGGGAAGACAGAGCUGGCAGGGGUGGCAUUAGCGAUAGCAGUAAUAAAUGUCACAGGUAUUUCCAUUGGCUGUGGUUUGGCAUCAACAUGUGAUACUCUCAUAUCUCAGACUUAUGGGAGUGGUAAUCUAAAGUGUGUAGGAGUGAUACUCCAAAGGGGAAUUUUGAUUCUGCUCUUAGCCUGUUUCCCCUGCUGGGCCAUCCUCAUUAACACUCAACCCAUUCUGCUGGCUGUCAGACAGAGCCCAGAGGUCGCCAGACUCUCCCAACUAUAUGUGAAGAUCUUUAUGCCAUCUCUGCCAGUUGCCUUCAUGUACCAACUGCAAGCGAAGUAUCUUCAGAAUCAGGGCAUCAUAUGGCCUCAGGUGAUAUCUGGAGCCAUGGGGAAUGUUAUCAAUGCAAUAAUCAACUACAUCUUCCUUAGUGUUCUGGAUCUGGGGGUUGCUGGAUCUGCAGCUGCCAAUGCCAUCUCGCAGUGUUCCUUGGGUGUGUUCUUGUUUGUGUACAUCUGCUUCAGGGGACUUCACAAAGCUACAUGGAAGGGCUGGUCCAGAGACUGUCUGCAGGAGUGGGGUUCUUUCUUCAAACUGGCCAUUCCCAGUAUGCUGAUGCAUUGUCUGGAGUGGUGGCUGUAUGAGAUUGUAGGGUUUCUGGCAGGCAUCAUCAGUGAGGUUGAGUUGGGAGCUCAGUCUGUAGUUUAUAACCUGGCUGCUAUCGUUUACAUGUUUCCAAUGGGUUUCAGUGUCGCUGCCAGUGUGCGAGUUGGAAAUGCUCUUGGUGCUGGGAACACAGAGCAAGCCAAGUUGUCCGGCAAGAUCUCCGUCAUCUGUGCAUUCAUUGUCUCAUGUUUCAUUGGAGCUUGUCUUGGUGUGUCUAAGGAUGUGGUUGGUUACAUUUUCACCUCAGAAAAAGAUAUUCUUCAGAGGGUGACUGAUAUCAUGAAAAUGUAUGGUUUCAUCCAUGUUGCUGAGGCUUAUGCGGGUGUAGCAGGAGGUGUCGUCAGGGGGACAGGAAAGCAAAUGGUUGGUGCUGUGUGUAGCUUGGUUGGUUUCUACUUCAUUGGGCUCCCCAUUGGAGUGUCUCUGAUGUUCCCCGUCAAACUGGGCAUUCUUGGGAUGUGGUCAGGGUUGUUAAUCAGUAUUGUGAUGCAGUCCAUAUUUUUUACACUUUUCCUGUGGAAACUAAACUGGAAGAAAGCCACUAAAGAGGCACUGGUAAGAGCAGGAGUCUACAUUACAGAGAGGAAUAUCUUUGGGAUAGAAAACAACGCCAUGGCCUCUGAUGAGAAACAUUCCCACAUAAAGACCAGUCAGUCUAAUUCUUUGAGUCUAACAGAGGGGAAGCUGGAAGUGCCUGGUGCAGGUCAGCAGACUUCAGAUGACAUGGCUUUGUCAGUCAGGCAGCUGGUGGUACGACGUGGCCUCACUGUGGUGCUCAUGUUCGUCCUCUCGCUGCUGGAUCUCAUCAGUGAGCUGCUCACCAGCCUGCUUGAAUUAGACAAGUGACCAUCAUUAGACCCAAUGUUUGCAGCAACAAACACACAAGCUCUGUAAGGUUUCCAUUCCGAGUUCAGAUGUAUCACGACGUUUAGCGUAAGACACGUGUCGCAAGAAAAAAAGACAAAAAUACGUGCAGACAAGAUGAACACCUUCACUCGGCCGAAAAAUGACAUUUACCACAACAAGUUCUGUCUGCUUACACAAAUUUGGUUCUUAAAAGUUCAAAUGACAAAGAUGACAGAGAAGAAGCAGCUUCCAUUUUAGAGUAUCAGCCCAUUUAAUAUCAGUUUUGUAAUUUCCAUUUCCAUACUCCCACAUUUACAGAGUUCCAGGUCAUUUGUUGUGCACUGAUGGAAAGACCUAAUAGCGUUUGAAUGACUGUUACUAAAUUUGCUAACUAACUAAUUUAACUGAAUGGAAUUUUUCCACAGUUUUGAAAACUUAAUAUAAUUGCUGUGAAAGAGUUCAGAUCCGCUUUGAUUAUUAUUUCAUUCCCUGUCAUUACUGCAUACUCUGUUAUAAUUAUCGUCAGAAAGAAGUUCUAUUAUAUUAAAAAUGUUGCCGCUUUUUCUAGA